AUGAGUGCUGCUAUCACAUCCCAGCCCAAGAAACUUAACACACUGGAAAAAUCGAAAAUGGACUGGGAAGCCUACAAAGGCAAUACGUCUUUACCAAAUGAAAAGAAAGAGACCAUGAGUGCGUCUGAGCGCGAAGAACUCGAGGCGCAGACGCAGGGUGGUGGUAGCGGUCUUGGCGAUGUGAAAGGCUACUUACACCGUAAAGAGUUUCUCGAUCGCGUGCAAGAUCGCAUCAAUGCGCAAGAAUACGAAGCCCAUGUAUCCAAGCGCCGUUCAUAG